CGUCCAUCCGUGACCGUCAUCCCCUAAUCAAGAUCAUUGGAAUAGAAUUGCUGUUGUUUUUAAAGUGAAUCAUUUACUGUCGGUGAUGUAAUAUUUAAAAGUUGAAACAGCUGAAGGAUAAAUCGUUGCUUAAGGAUAUUGUGAAAUAUUCAAAUAAAUUUAGUGAACACUGAGUUUGUACUUCGUUGUUUGUCGUGAUAUAAUUUUAUGUCAACGAUAACAGUGAAUCAAAACUGAAUUGGAACGUGUUUUUGAUAAAUGACAGCGUGAGAUUUUAAAAAGUUAUUCGAUAUUGUAACUUUUCGAUCCGAACUGUUUGAAACAUUCGAUAGUGGAAAAAUAGUGAGAGUAUGCGUUGAAAAUGUUGUCGUCGUCCGGAACUCCGUUCAGCGUUCGCGAUAUUUUGAACGAGGAUCAACAAUUGGGAAUCAUGGAUUGUUACACUUCCGUUCAUCAUCAGCAUCAAUAUCAGCAACAACACGCGUCGCAGGACUACUACGGUUAUAAUAUGGCAGCGGAUAACAGUUGGGACAUCGAAAAGUUCAAGGAGCAAACGUUGUCGAAUUAUCAUUAUUCUGACUUGACUCACGCGCAUCAAUUGAAUCAGAUAGCCACGCCUUAUCAAGAGCCUCCGAUUACGGAAGACGGUANCGUGGUCACUUCGAGCAAAACUGAACUACGAAAAAGCCAGUCUGGCAAAAGGACGAAGCGGAAGCCAAGGGUGUUAUUUUCCCAAAAUCAAGUGUAUGAACUGGAGCAGCGAUUUAAGCAGCAACGAUAUCUCAGCGCCCCGGAAAGGGAGUUACUCGCUCAAACCCUGAAGUUGACCAGCACCCAAGUAAAAAUUUGGUUCCAGAACAGACGAUACAAGAACAAACGCGCGAGUAUGGAGGACGCCGAGAAACUACAAGCGCAGAAUAUAAAAAACCAAGCUUUAAAAAAGAUUCACGUGCCUGUAUUAAUUAAGGGCGGGAAACCAAACAUGCAAGAGCCGUACAACGUCUCUUGUUGGAGCAAUGUCAGGCCAGACUUGAGCGCCUCGAUGCAACCGGAUUUCAGGAUGAACGAAAUUCGCCUGAGUCCCGAAUUCAGGGCGACGAACAUCGAAGUAAGCAUCAGUCCCGUAUUCAAACAAGAACCAAACUCUGAUUUGAGUGAUAAAUCGAGUUUGAACGGCGGCCAGAUACAAGUCAGACAGCAUGCGAUCGCUACCACGGACUUCAGAAACAAUUUGGACCAACGAGCCAGUCUCCAUGAUUGCCACAAGCUAAUGAGAGGAAAUGCGAAUAGCGGCGAAGUGGCACCGUUUCCGGAUUUGAAGAACAUCAACGCGGACACGAAACCUAUGAUUAGCGACGGGAGACCGCCGAUGGACGUAUCCAGCAGCGAUUACGUGUUUCCGAAUUACUACGGGCCGACAAAUUAUCAAAUGCAGUAUGCUAAUUACAUGGAACAGGAGCAACAUUUGCAACGGUUAUGGUAAAUGCAUUGUUUAGUUUAUCGCAAAUUGUGCUUCCGUGGGAGAGUGUUAAGUUAACAAGGCUAUUAUGAAAUUGUGGAUUAUAAGGUUGCUGUUUUGUAGAAAAAUUCGGUUUAUGAUUCGACUGUGUUCGAGUGAAUUAAAAUUAAUAUUCCUCUAAAUUUAUCUGCAACAAGUAGUCUAACGGCCUACACUAUUAGGCUUUUAUUACAAAUUGCGCCAAAGUUUAACGUAUAAACAAUUCUAAAGCAAUUUGUAUUUAAGAGCAUCAAGUAUCGUUCGUAUUCGUAAUUACGUGGGAACGUUACCAAACAGGUAGCCAAAGAAAAACCGUCGUUAGUGCACAUUUUAAUCAUCGGCGACGCGCGAUAGUUACAAGUUCGAAGUAUCGUAGUUAAAUGUUAAGGCCUAUCGGCAGCUGUGUUUCAUUUUUUCUUCUCGUUCUCUUUUUAGUUAGCUAAGGUAUCCCCUCUUCCUUUUUCUUUUCGAAAUAGUAACGCGGCCGCUCAAGAGGGCCGAACGGAAAUUGCUUCAAGUGGCUUUUGCGGAAACAUCAGUUACCUACUUGCUCCGUAUUCCGCAGAGUCCGUCUUUCUCGUGAUUCUAUUUUUUUUUCCUUACGAUAAUUGAGCAGGAAAUUCGAGCGAACCGAUGCGAUCUCUAUUACGAAUAAUAACUGUACUUUUGUACCAAUGUUCGCAUGACUGGUUACUGUUAGAAAUAAGA